CACUUCACUUAAUAAUUAUUGUUUUCCUCUUUUUUCUCAGCUGCUCCAUGGGGUUUAUAGCCACCUAGUGACGACUUUGAUCAUCACUCUUUUUCCUCUUUAUUUAUUCUUCUUGCUGCUGAGUCCGCUUUGGUUACUUUUUCUUUUUUCUCUUUGAAAAACAGUAGUACACACUAUCAUAUUCAAUAAUGUCUUCCUCUUCUUCGUCUUCUCUUAUUACCUUAGGUCAAGAUGCCUCACCUACUUUGCAACAACGCCUCCAUUUCAUCGUCCAAAGUAGGCCUGAAUGGUGGGUAUACUCCAUUUUCUGGCAAGCUUCAAGGGAUGUUGAUGGUCGCGUUGUUUUGUCAUGGGGCGAUGGCUAUUUUCGAGGGACCCGAGAUGGUACGGGAAAAUCCAUCAAUAGGCUGAGCCCUUCCAAAUUGGGGUCCAGUUUCGAGAGGAAAAGGUCGGGAAAAGAUCAGGUGCAAGCUUAUUUUAAUGAAGUGAUGGACGUGGACCGAAUGGUAGAUGGCGAUGUGACUGAUUAUGAGUGGUACUAUACCGUAUCCAUGACCCGAUCAUUCGCUGUGGGUGACGGGAUUCUUGGGAAGGCUUUCGGAUCAGGCUCCCAUAUUUGGUUGGGUGGAGACCAUGAACUCCAAUUGUACCAAUGUGAGCGUGUUAGAGAAGCUCGAAUGCGAGGGAUUCAAACAUUAGUUUGUCUUCCUACAUCCUUCGGGGUUGUCGAAUUGGGAUCUUCUGAUAUCAUCAUGGAAGACUGGGGCACCCUUCAACUCACUAAAUCGAUAUUCAGUUCUGGGAUCAACAACAGCCUGGGUUCAAAUCAACCUGCCCAUGAUUCCCAACCCCAAAUCUCAACCCCAAGUAUUCCUUUUGUUGAUUUUGGAAUGGUUUCAGGUGAUCAAAAGGAGCGGAUUCUUGAAGAGAAACAACAAGUCGAGCCCAAGAAAGAAACCACAGGUUUAGGCCGUUCGUCAUCGGAAUCUGAUGGGGAUUUCGCCUCUGCAGACACCGAGUUCAAUGCCGGCGGCCGGUCGAAAAAGAGAGGUAGAAAACCAGGGAAUGGGAAAGAGUCCCCUAUAAACCACGUUGAAGCAGAAAGGCAACGACGUGAGAGACUGAACCAUCGUUUCUACGCACUUCGUUCCGUGGUUCCAAACGUAUCCAAGAUGGACAAAGCCUCAUUACUUUCGGAUGCAGUAGCCUACAUCAAGGAACUAAGAUCAAAAAUCGAUAAACUAGAGGCUCAACUCCUAGUACAAUCUGAAAAAUCCAAGUUGAACCCCAUAAAUGUUUUCGAAAACCAAACUACCAAAUCCGCAUUCGACAAUACCAUGAAACAAUCCUCUACUUAUUGGCCAAAGACAGUGGAAGUUGAUGUGAAGAUAGUAGGAUCCGAAGCCAUGAUUCGGGUUCGAAGUCCAGAUAUCGAUCAUCCAGCUGCACGAUUGAUGGAUGCACUUCGAGACCUAGAGCUACCAGUUCACCAUGCCAGUGUAUCAAACGUCAAUGAUCUUAUGCUACAAGAUGUUGUUGUCAGAGUCCCUACUGGAAUAUUCAUAACCGACGAGAUGCUUAGUACUGCAAUCCUUCAGAGAUGCACGUUGAAUUAGGUAGCUAGCUAGGUAGCCCUGCAGUGAGAUGCACUUUUUCUUUUUUUGCCUUCUUUUGUUUUUUUGUUUGAUCAAUGUUUCUUUCUUGUUUUAUUCGUGCAUUAGUUAUUUAACAUUUCCUAUAUAUGUUCUACGUGUAGAUAGGUUUCUAUUACGACCUGCUUUUAUCAGAUUUCAUCAUUUCAUUGGCUUUAAA